AUGGGGAUGCAUAUUCUUCAUGUUCCCAGUUGGACUUUCCUCUUUCUUCGGAAACCUUCUCAUUUACCUCACCUCAUACUACCACGCCCAGAGUCCCAACAGACAUUCCAACGAGUACCCCUUGUGGGUGGUGUGUGCGUACUACAUAGUCACCCCUCUCGGCAUGUUGCUCGCCGGCUUCACGGAAAGAAAAUUGUCAGCUACGCUCACAUUGAUCGUCAGCUCUUGUCUAGCUUUCGUAUCUGUACUGGUCAGUACGUGGACAAUUGUAUCUCCUGUAGCAUUCGUGGUCACUUUUGGAGCGGUCAACGGCUUGUCUUCUGGCGCGGUCCGUGCCAUGAUCUCCAAGAUCGUGCGUCAGGGAACAAGCAAAAGCAGCGGCCUCGUCACAGGCGUGGUGAAUGCCGGUGGCACUGCCGGGAACCUUCUCAUCAUAGUAAUCACUUACGUUGUGAUCAACCCCACGAACAUCAAAGCUGACCGUGACGGCUUUUUCACAGACCAGGUUCUUCUCGACCGUGUGCCAACGUUUUUCUUAGUCCUGGGUAUCCUGGCGCUGCUGACUACGUGUCUCGGAUCCUUACUUCUCUACACAGCAGGUAACGUUCAAGGAAUUGAAGAGGAGCUGAUAGAAAUCGUUGCAGAAAAGAGCAGCGAUUCUGUGAGUUCUGAUGUUGAUUUGAGGAGUUAUGAUUCCGUAUUACAGAUUCCAAACAAUACUGUUUACACCCAUCCUGAACUGACAUCCACCAAAGCUGUCAACAUCACCAGCAGCAGUAACAGACGCAGCUGCAAUAGCAGCAGCAGCAGCAGCAGCAGCAGCAGUAGCAGCAUCAACAGCAACAAUGACAAGAGCGAAGAGACGUCUACGGUGGACUCUGCAAUAUCGCUUUCAGAACAAGACGUCGCCCUCCCUGAGACUGCGUCUCGAUGCUAUUCUCCUAAAUCGCACAAUUCCAACAGUUCCACAGACUCGAUGUAUCUGGAGCAGGAAAAGAGCGUGUCUGCUUCUAUAAGUCUCAUGGACGCACGUAAAGCUAAUCCUCAAUCCAAAGACGAAAGCCUGGCCCGAGACCAGCCGCACCAUCUAUCCCCGAAAGAGCUCUUGUUCGUUCCCACAUUUUGGGUCACCUGGUUCCUGUCUCUGCUUAUGAACCACGCCUCUACUGUCCAUAUGACACUGUAUAAACAAUUCGCUCAGACGUACGUCAACAACGACGCUGUGCUGACCGCCACUGGAAUCUCCAACUUAGCCCUACUCUUCUUCUUCCGACCCGUAGGAGGAAUGUGUCUCGACCGACUGGGAGCAAAGAUGAGCAUCGUCCUAACAUCUGGGCUCACCAGCAUCUUCAUGACCAUAAUGUGCAUUUCCCCACAGUUCUGCCCCCCUCUCUUCCUCGCCGCAGUGGUGGCAGAGUUCUCGUGUGUGGGAAUCUUUCGGACUCAUAUCAACUUUUAUGCACACGAUAUUUUCGGCUCCACUCAUUACGUCUCAAACCUGGGUGUCGUGAGUACGGCUCAGAUACCUCUGAUGUUUUUGGAGCCGGUGCUGAUACCGCUACUGAUCAAUCACUUGGGCUUGUGUUAUGUUUUCCUGAGCGGGCUGGUCAGUACAACAUUCACUCUAUUCUUAGCUCUUAUACUGCCAAGAAAACCGCCUAAUUGGGGAGAUAGGGAAAAGGCCAGAAGCAAAGAAAUGGAUGCAGAAAAUGACUUGAAGCAGGGGAAAUAGACGAUAGCUGAAAGUCAUUGAAUUGGGAGACAGCUGAGAGGAGAGGCAUUAAAAUAGACUAUAGCUGGGGUUUAUUAAAAUAGACC